AUGCCUCCGAAGCUGAAGAAAGAUUUCACAUCUGAGAUGGCUUCUACAAUAAGAGACAUUAUUCGUGAAGAGCUGAAGGCGGCCCUGGACACAAGUUUAGUGCCAGUGAACAAAUGUUUGGAGGAGCUGAAAAUCCAACUGAGCACAUGCAGUGAAAAAAUCGAGGAGUUGGUGAGAGAUGGAGUGGAAACCGACGUCAGAUUGUCCGAAUUGGAACGCUGCCAACUGAAGACUGCAAAAGAAAAUAAACAGCUGAGAUCGAAAAUUGAACAGCUUGAGAACCAAAGUCGCAAGUUCAACAUCCGUAAUUUUGGUCUGCCGUCUGGGAUAGAGGCUGGAAAUCGUACUGCCUUCACAACAAAGCUGCUCCAGGACCUGUUUGGAGAAGAGAUUGUUGGAACCGGCCCGCUGCUCAGUAUCGCCCAUCGCACUGGUCAGGCAAGGAAAGAUUCGAGUUGCAUGAUUGCAAGACUGUACAGAUUUGACAUCAAGAGGAAGAUUAUAAAGAAGGCCAUUGAGUCUUGUUCUUUCACCUACAAUGGGAGAAAAAUACGCAUCCAGUCUGAUAUCAGCGCUGAGACCCUGACACUCAGAGCAACUUUUAAAGAAUUGAAAUCAGAGCUAUAUAAGCGAAAUAUAAGAUGCGGUUUUAUCCAUCCCACUGCAACUUUGAUCCUGACUUUCCGUGAGGAAACCCACAAGUUCAACACAGCAAAGGAAGCACAGGACUUCUUUGAUCGCUAUAUUGAACCUGAGGAUGAGGAGGGUGAAGAAGAGAAGUAUGGUGCAGAGGAGACAGAUGGUGAAACAGAGGAAGGAAAGGAGAGCAGCGCAGUGGUGCAGGAUGGAGGUGAAACUGGAGAGGAUGAAGGAGUGAAGGAUGGACGUGAAUAA